UCGUUGUCAUGGCUACUCGACAAAAGAUGCUCGGGGAUUUUCGCUCGUAGGAAUCCAUCAUGAGUAGGAAAGAUCUGCAAUGUUUGGGAUCACAGAGGCCGUCACUUUCUGCCAAUCCACUGUUAAUAGCUCCUGAGCUUGGCAAGUCCAGGAAAAGAUGCUUUUCCCUGCCCUCACCUGAUUUCACUUAUGGCAUGAGGACAAUAUGCUUUGAUGGAGGGGUAGCUGAAGCUGUUUCAAUAUGGCAUGCAGCAAAAGGUUCUAUGGCUAGACAAAACCAAACACCAGAGAAGGACUUCAUAGCUCUUAACAAAAUGGCAGCUCAGAAUGGCCUCACUACAGCACAGGAGCAAAGCCAGUUCAGAGCUUGUCACGAUAUAAGACGAAGAGACAAAGAUCGGGACUCACAACUUGGAAAAUCUCGCUAUCCGCCAGAAGGGAUGACAUUUGGAGUAUCAACAAGACCUUCUACUCCAUUGUUUGAACUGCUUGAGAACAGAUAUGGUGAGAAAUGGCUGACUGAUAGAAGAGAAGCAGAGAAAAGGCAGAGGGAUAAAAUCAAAGAGCAAAGUCUUUGUGGUAAAGUUUUUGAAACGAAUGCAUCUCUCCUUCGAAGACACUCAGCUCCUGUUGAUCCUCCACCACUGUGGAAAAUGAAGCGAUUCUCUAAAAUCCCUGCAAGCUUAAAUACCUUCUAUUCAGACAAGGAGAGAAGCAGAGCUUUUAACUAUCACAUGUCAGACUCCAUUGGAAGGAAAGGGACAAUAGGA